GUUCGUGUGGUUUGUGAUUUGUUUUCUAGGACGCUAAGAAUGUCCAGAAUUGAGUCGACAGCUUCGAAAGCUGCUAUCGUGCUGAAUGUGAGUUGGCUUAAUGAAUAAAUUCGUAGAUGAACAAGUAGAAAUGGAGCAAGAAGUCGUGACCUGUGCGAAUAUGGAGGGGCCCGAAAAGGGGGUCCCCUUCACCAGUGGGGGCCAUAGCGCGGUUGGCAAAAUUGAAAGUGCCGCGGAUCACGACACUGAGAUGGUCAUCAUAGCGGAUGAUGACAUCCAUGCUGUCAGCAGGUGCACAACAUCUGCAGAGGCAGCAGACGAAAAUGAGGACGAGGGUACCACCUGCCUGUCUGACACACAAAUCCGCGAUUCGUUAGCUGAGACCGUAGUUACGCAGGAGAAGGACAUUGCGUAUUUGAGGACCGCUAUCGCUGCACUCACGAACUAUGCAGAACAGAAGGAAGAAAAAGUUGAGCGCGAGAAGGCCCGUGCACAUAAGUUUGGUGCCUUCACACUUUUUCUGCGCAAGCGAUUGCGUGCUUCGCUCAAAGUAGUCAAAAAACAGCGUGAGAUUCUCAAGCGACGGCGCUGGGAGUUUGAAUGGGAAUGCGAAAAUCGGCGAGCGGAGAUCGAAGGGAUGCACGUUGACAAAUUAAAUCUGGGCGAUGAAAAUGAAAGACGCCGCAGAGAGCUCGCUCUUCACAUCGGUGUUUUGGAAAAAGAAAAUGCGGAUAAGGAUGCCGAGAUUCGAAGAGCGCAAGCAGAGCGAGAUUCUGCGUGGGACUUAGAUAUGUGUAUGACUGGAAACGGGGCUUGGAUUGUUCGUAACAAGACUUAACUUUCGCUUGACGACUACUUGAAGAUAUAAUGGAUCUUUUUGCUUGUUCGAUCAACAUCAUAUGUCUGUUACAACAUCAGCUUAGAAUUAAAUUUCCCUUGCUUCAUUCGACUCGACUACACGGAAGUGUACAACAGGGUGUGCCAAAAAGAGCUGGAUUUGGACGAGAAGAUUAAGGAGGAGAGCGACAUCUUCAUAAGAAAUCAAGAACUUCAGAUUGAAAACGCUUUUCUGCACGAAAGACUGGAACACUUACACAACGAGCUCAUUAAUCUACAGUAUGAUCAAGCCUAUUAUGACCGGCGCAAGUACGAAGCGCUUUACGUACAAGAGCAAAAGGAGAAUGCGAAAAACCAGACUCGCAUCGAAGCAUUGGAAGGGGAAGUAGAAGAGUUGCACGAUUUGCUGCGGCAAACUCAAGAACAACUAAAUGAGACGCUGGCUACAGCGCCUUCUGCAGUAGAGUCAAUACAGCAGCCUGGCGAUGUCGGUGUAUUUCUUCCGCUUGAAAACCGUAGGACGACUGCAGCCGCACAGUGGGAAGCAGCAGGCGAAAUCACUCCAGGUUCGGCGUCAAUCACCGAUGAGGGCACUAGUCCUACUCGCGAGGCAACUUCGUCGCCGAAGAUCAUGGCAGAUUUACAAGAAGGCACGGUACCGAUCGCUGACGCACAAGAAGCUGUUGCGACACAAAGACGAAUCGAGCAAAACCCAACGGCAUCCGCAGGUGCAAACCCGCCAGCGGUGGGCGAGGAGCUGGCGCCGCUGUUGCCAGAUGACUAUAGUGAACAGAAGGAGAAGUACCGUAACGGAUCGGGGGGCGGUAAAGUCGUAAUCAUGCGGCUUGCGGAUAUAUAUUUCACGCAGGAUAGUAUCGAUGAAAAGUUCAAAGAUGGAGGUUAUCUGCGGAAUGCCGUUAUUGCUUUGCUCGGUAUGGCUGAAUUAAAGGAUGAAAGACAAUUAAUAUCUUCGACUAUUCUGCUUUAUGUGCUGUCAUUUGCAGUGCAUCCAAUAUAGUCUCCUUUUUGUGCGUAGGGAGUCCAUAAACUGGGUUCCUGUACUAGCUCGAAAUGUCAAUAACUGCGGAAAUCGGGGGCCAGUGAGUACUUACUAUGUGUUUCAGGCAGUUAGUUUUUGUCUUUAUGCGCGCUUUGUGUUUCAUACUUGACGCUACUACGGCAGCGAGGCGCAGGGAAUUGCUGGAGCGUUACCCAAUGAUCACAGUUGUGUACGACCAUAAUCAGCGGUGCUACUCUGUCGACAACCGAAGACUGUAUUUGCUAAAACGGUUUGUGGGAGACUGGGGUAGAAUAGCUGUUCAAGCAUUCGAUUCGCCGGCUGCUUUAAGGGUUACCGAAUUGCAUCCUUCACUACCAUUCUUGACUUAUUUUCCAAUAGGAAAGAAGUCAAGGAUGAUCUGAAGAAUGUAAUUGCGCAACCCCUAACUGCUUACGACGCUAAUCGUCCAAAGAGCAGCCUGCCAUUUCUAGACAAACUCACAACGCCAAAUCUUAGUGCUGCGUCGGAGACCGUUGUCGAUGUCGUUAAGAGUAAUUCAGUGAAAGUCCGCUAUAAACUCGAAAAGGACAGGUUGUGCAGAUUUCAUGAAGCGAGAAAAAAGCGGAAACAGAACGAAGAGCAAGAAAGAAUGAAGGAGCUCGCUGAAGACUUAGCACAAGACGAAAGUUUUCUCACCAGGCUUUUUAACGUUAUGGAUCGACUGAGUGAUUUUCUAGGUAUCCAAUUUCAGUUUUGAGAACAUCACGCCGCGUCUUGUCAUUUGAGUGCGUACACUUGUUGAAUUUUCAUGUCGAUAACAAAGUUUUAUCAAUUUUCUGGCAAGGACGUUCAUUGAUUCCAGGAAUCCAAAAACAUGACGUGUUCCCUCUUUUACGCAAACAGAAAUAUAUCCUCUCUAUACUUUCAUCAUUCCAUUGAAGGACUGCAGUGUAGAUAUACGGGCGUUGGCAACAGAGCAGAAUACGGGAGCGGACGAAAUGGCUGAGACGGUGGACACUGAGCGUACAAAGCAUCACGUCAGGCCGCAAAAUAGCACUACAGGGAAUACUGCUGCGUGGAAGUCUCCUGUACGUCCUCCACUAAAGCCGAUUCCAAGUGAAAACGUCAAUUUCACAGUUGAUGCUGUCAGCCAGUGCCUUCCUGAUUCCAUUGCAGGUGAUGGUACACCGAUGCACCCUCCUCCUGUGACUGCGGCUGCAAUCAGAGUAGCUCAACAUCAUGGACAGCCGCAGUUUGUGGCGAAUCCAUCGACAAGCCGGCCUGCUGGUAGUUUGUAUAGUAACUUCCAAACCACUACUAACGGCUUUGUUCCACCUGUUGUUGCAUCGCUGCAACAAGGUCCAAUCGCUACGCAAAGAACGAAGUAUCAUUUUCCAAGACCGCCGCAGCAGACAUAUGGUCACUACUCCAAAUACUAAGUCCUUUCAAGAAGUUCUGCGUGCUUGUUGACUGUACCAAGAUCAGUCAGAUACGAUCCUGUCAUAAUCAUAUCGAUUUCAUCGAUAGAGAGCUAAUUUUAGAAAGGAAGGAACGGAUGGCCGUUUCGUGAAGCCACAUACUUUGUUAGUUUUCUUAGCCGCGCCACGGCAGAUGUUCUUUGUCUUGUUUCGUUUUCGGAUUUAGUGUUUCACAUAGUUCCAUGAAAUUCAGAAAAUGAUAUUCCCGAUUACAAGUAGAAUUGAAGCUGACAUUAGCUGACGUUAGUUUUGAACAAUCUAUUUUGUGGUUUUCAAAUGUACAAAAAUGAAGACUUACUAUAUCGAACGCAUCAUGUUGAAAUGAAUUCGCGCAUAAG